AAGUUGAUGUGUGAACACACGUACAAUAUACUACACGUAUAAAUUGUCGCUUUUGGUUGCGGGCCAAUCGUCAUAUUCAUUUUGGAAAUCCUUAUUCGAAAUUUCGCUAAUUCAUCGUAAUUUGACAAAGGAACAUUUUUACCAAGAGACGUGAGUGUAUUUUGGUUGGUAAAAUUUCAUAACAUUUGUGUAUUUGACUUGUGCGAUCACAGCGAACUAAAACCAAAAUAAAAAAAUAUUGUGAAACGAUCAUCAACUCGCGUGAAUGUUUGCACACGACAAUUCAUAGAGAAAAUUUUUUUUGACGUACAACAGAAUCGUUUCUGAAAAGCAUACGAGAAUUAAGGGAAGCAGAGUGCAGUAAUAUACGAGAUAAAGACUAAUUUUUGUUCAAUAUGCUUAUCACAAUCAAAAAUUUACAACAGCAAACUUUUCACGUGGAGUUCGAUCCAUCGGAAACGGUUUUGAAACUGAAGCAAAAGAUCGAAGCCGAACGUGGCAAGGACUAUCAAACAGAAAGCCAAAAACUUAUUUAUGCAGGUAUGAUAUUAGCUGAUGAAAAAACCAUUGCAUCAUACAAUUUCGAUGAAAAAAAGUUUAUUGUUGUUAUGGUAAAUAAAAGUGCAAAGAAAGACACGAAAUUGGAAGAAGAAGCAGCAUCUACAACGAUCACCUCUACAUCAUCGACCACAAAAACCGAAGAGGCCGGUUCAACAAAUAUAAAAGCAGCCACGAACGUUGAAUCGAAAUCGGAACCUGCGAAAACAGAUGAGUCUGUACCCAGUGAAAGUACACCCGCUGUAACAGCACAACAGCAAUCAGUGCAAUCAGCGGCCGAAUCAGCACUUAUAACUUCAGGUGAUGAAUAUAAUAGCAUGAUAACAAACAUUAUGGAAAUGGGUUAUACCAGAGACGAGGUGGAACGAGCGUUACGCGCCAGUUUCAACAACCCAGAUCGUGCUGUUGAAUAUUUGCUAAGCGGAAUACCAGACAGUGGCAAUUUGGAAGAGUUGAAUAAUCCAGUUGGUAGUGCAGCUGGUGGUGGACUUGUUGACGAUGGUGCUAGUAAUAUCAAUAUUCCGCCCACAUCCGAAGGUAAUGCAGAUCCAUUGUCAUUUCUACGUAGUCAACCUCAAUUCCAUCAAAUGCGAAAUUUAAUCCAUCAAAAUCCCGAAUUGUUAAAUGCUGCAUUGCAACAGAUUGGUCAAACAAAUCCGGCUUUACUACAAUUGAUAUCGGAAAAUCAAGAAUCCUUCCUGAAUAUGUUGAACGAACCAAAUGCCGAUGAAUUGAACGUUGAUGUAGCUAAUAGUGGUGUUGGUGGACUUUCCGCAUCGACUGGAGACGUUGCUGGAGAACAACGGCCAUCUGAUGCAACACUUCUUUUAACAGCGCAAGAUCGUGACGCUAUUGAACGUCUCAAGGGACUUGGAUUCCCAGAACAUUUGGUAUUGCAAGCCUAUUUUGCAUGUGAGAAAAACGAAAACUUAGCCGCAAAUUUUUUGUUGUCAUCAAACAUGGAUGAUUAACUAGAAAUUGACGUUGUCGUGAAAUUCGGAGGAUAAAAAAAAAAGAAAAUAAUAAUUUAGCCAAAAACUCAAGAGGAAAAAUACGCAAAUAAACAACAUAGAAAGUUUAAAUUCAAUCAUUCGAAGCAAAAAAUAGAAUAAAUCAGAGAACAUUAUAUUCUUGCAACAAAUGACAAACAUUAAGUUCGCAACUUAAAAAAACUAUAGUUCUAUAGAAGUAACAAGCUUAAAAAAUUCACAAAAACAAUUUUCAAGACUCACCAUCAUAUUUUUUCCAGAUAAAAUUCUUUAAUAACAAUAAUUCAAAUUAAUGAGCCAUCCGGGUAUAUAAAUUUCAACCAGCAAAGCUUUUUAUUUAAUAAAAAAAAUACUUUAUCGAAA